CUUAUCUUCUGAGCUCGCUUUUCACGCCACUCAAAAUCAGCUCUGCCACAUCAUAAACAGGAUAAGGUCUAUUCUGUUUGUUUGUCCACAUUGAGGUAAAGUUAUCCAACUGUCCAGCAGAGCUUCCUACUGAAGGGUGGUUCUCAAUUACCUAAUUAGCCGGCCUCCCUUACAGGUGUGACUGCUUAGUAGAAUCUGCUGCAGGUUCUCUUAAAUGUCUAAAAUAAGAUUUGAGCGCUGGCUCGUAUGAAUCCUAAGUUACACAGCUAUUUUCUGAGAAUCAAACUUCGGGAAUCUUAAGAGUUCACAUGCUUGACUUUUCUCCAUAGCAAGUGUCUCUCAUUUAUUCAGUGUCAUUGUUGAAGUACAGUUUAAAAAAAAAAUGUGGGAAACUAAAACCAAAGCUGAAGAAACAAGGAUUUCAAACCGUUUGGCUCGUGACCGGAUUCAGUAAUGUGGCCUGAACGCAGCCUUGUUGACAAUAAAGGAACGAAAUGCGUCCAUAUGGCCUAAGGCGGAGUAUUCGAUGUCCAAAGAAAUACGGGGAGACUAUUAAAGAGAGGAAAUGCGCGUUGGCCCCGAGUUACGAUCUGGACCUUUUGUGCGAGCCGAGUGAGGCGGACCCCCAGAAACCCCUGGAUGAACGGUACAAAAGGAAUGCUGCCAUUCUUCCGGAUUUCAAACAGCCCCACAGCGACGGGGGCCUCGCUGCUGAAGAAAAGGCGGCGAGCAGCUCGUCAAUUAGCCAGCCGGAACCUCUGCUGAUUCACGGCUUCACGGUGCCGGAGUACCAGCAGACGUACCACACUGUGGUGGACCCCCUGCUCCUGACGCCUUGCGGGAAGCUGGCAGCCUACAGCCUGGAGCUGGGCAGAAACAUUAAGGAGCAUCUGUUUGAAGAGCUGGCCUACCCUACGCUGCAGAUCUCGGAGCAGCCAAAUGGAAAGGUGGAGCUGAUGGAGAGGUUUUGUGUGCUCCGCCCGACACCUUUCAUUGCCAUAGAAUGUAAUGGGAAACCACAAUCAUUUUCUCCCGCCAGCUUUCUAUAACCUGGCACUAUUUAUUAUUUAUGUCUCUCGACGGUUUGCUUUUUACUUAAUGUAAUGUAGCAGCUGGAUUUAUAUUUCAAAUGUUUGUUAAAAAAAGUUAAAUGGAAAAUAUUUCACAUUGGUGGAAAAAGCUCCUUUAUGAACAAUUAAAAUGAAAACAGAAUUAUGCGAGACCUACAAAG